AUUGCGAGGAGAAUGGUUUUGCAGUGCUUCUGAAUAUCGCAAUAUUAGUUCGCCUAAUCGAAGCCGGUGAUGAUGCCUCGGUACAUGUGCAUGUGGAGUCCGCCCCAGGGCCCGAUAUGGGCAUGCGGUUACCGUUAUUCAAUUACUACAAAUCCGCUCCCGGCGGCUGGCCAAAUCCCCAAUUAGCAGCCGCCUUCGCCAAAUGGCACGGGGAUGAAUUUCACAGCCAAGGACCGGAUACGGUUGGGCAAAGCGGACAAAUGCCCGCCAGCGGCGAGCAGUUGACCCAUUCAAGCCAUUCGCAUGCCAACGAUAGAAGCUCCAUUAACGGCUACGAUUCCGCAGCAGGCCAAGAUGAGGAGGUACCAGUGGUAGUCGGAAAAAGGGUCGCCUAUUCCAAGCCGGCGCCGCGCCAUUACCAUGGGACAGAAGAAGAAAUCGAAACGAUACCGCGUUGGCUUCUACGCAAGAGAAGUUUGAAAAAGUAUGGACUGAGAAAGUACAUCGCUCCGUACACCAGUAUCGGCAUUCCCCGCGGUCUCGACCAUCAAGCUUCCUAUUUCGAUGAAGAUGCUGAGCCUGUAUACGUUCCUGUCGACCGCUUCAACCAGCCGUCCAUUCCGUUGCACUAUGCACUUGAAUAAUUUGAUUUUGGUUAUUAACGCUUUUGUGAGGUAGAGAAAAAAGAAAAUGUAACAGAUCCCUUGAAAACAAACUAAUCAGAAUAUGAUUUUUUUAUUUGGCAACAGCCAGCGCAGUAUUCUGUUACAGUAGGCAUUGAUGCAGCUUCGGGCAGUAGCAAAUUGUUCUUUAAUACGCAAUAGUCGGCAGAGUAAAAACAUUGCAAUCCAGAUGAUACAUGUGUAACUCUGCUGCGGCAAGUUUCU